CAUAAACACAAACAGGAGGAGAGUGAGAAUAAAAAAGAGAAAGGAGGUUUUUGAUAAAGCAAAAGAAUAUUAUUGAAACAUAAAUUUUGGACUUUCUUUGUAUUUGGCACCCACCCACAAGGAAAUAAAACAAAACAAGCACACAACCAGAGACACACACGCAAAAGAGAGAGAGGAAAGAAGGAAGAAAGAGGAGGAAGAAGAAGGAGAUCUUGUGAGAUCAGGCCACAACUAUCCUGCAGCACCAUGGGGAGAGAAGUUACAGGCAUGCAAGUUGUGGACAAGAAGCCAAAUGGUGUAGUACCAGCUUCCUAUGGUAGUUCUAAUGAUAAUGUAUGCAUUUCUCCUAAAAUGGCAGCAGCUAAGGAUCAAGCAAAGGACCAUGAGGUAAAGGAAUGUACCAAAGGUAAUUCUUUUGUCGAGAAAAGCCAUGAGAAGAUGGAUGUUUUGAGUGCCAAAACAACGAACUGUAAUACUGACUUGCCUGAGGAAGAGAUUGAGAAUUCUGAAGGGCUCAAAAUGGGUGACAGUAUUAAGUUUAGCUCGCCUGCUGGAAAAGAGCAUACUAGUCACUUUGUUACACAUCCAACUGAUCUGGUUACUGAAAGGCAUGAAUCUCACCCACAGAUUGUUGAUACUGAAGCUGAUGCAAAUGGUCUGAAUUUGUCAUCAAACACUAACAACAUGCACUCACCUAUCUCAUCAAAGAAUUCACAGCCAAACUCACCUUUUUCAUCAAGCAAGCCUUUGCAACAUGAUAAGAAGAACUAUGAUGAUGAAGAUAAUUGGUCUAUUGCUUCCUCUGCUAUGUCUAUGCGCACAGCCAGAUCUAAGGUGACUCUCGGUUCAGCCCCUACAUUUAGGUGCUCUGAACGUGCAGAGAAACGGAGGGAGUUUUAUCUGAAGUUGGAGGAGAAACAUCGAGCUCUUCGAGAAGAGAAAAACCAGUACGAGGCAAGGCUAAAGGAAGAGCAAGAAGCAGCCAUCAAGCAGUUGAGGAAGAAUUUGGUAAUCAAAGCAAAUCCAGUACCAAGUUUCUACUAUGAAGGGCCUCCUCCUAAGACUGAAUUAAAGAAGCUGCCACUGACUCGACCGAAGUCACCAAAACUAAGUCGGAGAAGGAGCUUUGGGGAUACUGUGAACUCAUCUCCAGAAGCCUGUAGUCGAGCGCGUCACAGCACAGGAGGUGGAGGUCACAUCAAAAGUGGUUCCAAUGCCCCUUUCCCUCACAAAAACAACAUUCGACGCAAUAGCAACGGCAACAACAUCAACGGCGUUUGCAAACCGAAAGAACGAUCGAAAAUGGAUAAGGAAACAAAAACGGCUCCUCCCAACAUCACAGACCGUGCAAAUGCAGACAUAUCAGUUCAAUCAUGACCGCUGAGACCAAAAGAGGCUUCAUCAUUUUCGUUUCACCCGGACUGACUCUUGUGACUUGCGGUGUAUAUGUUUUGUAACUUAUAUUGCUACACUACCUUAAUAUGUCUUCUUAUAUAAUGAUGAGAGUUAUUGAUGUAAUAUGUUUUGUACCAAUGUAUGAAUUUUCCCCAGAGACUAGUCCAGCCGUUUUAAGUAUAAUUUACCUUUCUCAAGGACUAGCAUAAGGGGUGUCUGAGUGUUACAGGGUUUCACAUUUUGAUUUCUUCUUCUAAA